CCUUUCUUUGCCGGCGUCGGCAUCGACGUUCUUCAGGAGCUAGCCAGCGCCCUGACCCUCCAGCAUGUUGCUCCUGGCGAGGUGGUCCUUCAUGUCGGCGAGCUGACGGACCGACUGUACGUACUCCUCAGCGGUAGCUGCUGGGUUGUACGGCACUCCCGUCGGGAGGGUUUCGAGCCUCAACCGCCACAGCAACUGAUGCCGGGACAGGCUCUAUGUGAAGCGGCACUGGUGGUCUCGGGCCGUCGCGCAGAUGUGGAGGUGACGGUGGAGGCUGCAGUGGCAGCGGCUGUUCCCGUUGGCGGACAUCGGGGCGGGGCUUCAUUUGCGGUGCUUACACGCGCCGCCUGGAGUAACUUGUGCAUUCGGGCGCCUGUGCAGCGGACCUUGGAGCAGUCGGAGGAUCUGGCGGCACUGCUGAGACUGGUGUUGCCGGGCUUGUGUUCCGCCUCCUCGGGUCCCGUACUCCGUGCCAUGUCCGAGUCUGCCUUCCUGCGCCACCUGCCCCCUGGCACCAUCAUGUUCGAGGAGGCUACCCGGGCGGAGGCGCAGUUCCUGGUGCUGGCGGGAGGGGUGGAGAUUCGGCGGCGGCAGCACCAGCAGCAAAGCCUAGGCGGAUCGGGGCCCGGAGCCGCGAGAAAGGCAGGGCGACGCGCGGCGACCGCGACUGAGGCUACCGCAGCCGCAGCCGCAGUGGCGAGCAGCACCAGCAAGUCAGUACGGCAGAAGAUUGAGGAUGAGCGCAAAGCUCGGGAGGCCCUCAAGGAGUCUCUGGCGCUUACCCGGGAUGGGUUGCGGGAGACCCUUCUGCCGCCACCGCCUCCACCGCCGCCGCCAUGCAAGUCUGUGAGCAGCUCUGGGCGGUGGAUAUCGGAGUUUGUGGAUCGGGCGACACGGAAAAUGGGUCCUCAUGCACGCGGAGGCGGGGGGACCGACCAAAGCGCGACCGCAAUCGAGGAGUCCUUCGCAAUGGAGGCAGUUGCGAGAUUGCCCCGACCCACCUCCCCAGUCACCAACGCUGUUGGCGCCGAUAAUAGCGGUGGCGGCGGCAGCAGCGGCGGCAAGGGCAAUCUUUCGAGGGCAACACACGCCUGGCGGCGUGCGAUGCAAGAGAUUGGGACGCAGUCACAGCUGCGGACUUAUUGCUCGUCGUCGUCGGCCUUGGGGUCUGCUGCAAGGUGGUCUUCGUCGGCGGCGGCGCCGGUUUGGGGCGAAGGCGCACAGGCGGGAGUCGUGGACCCGCUGCUGGCAGAUUAUGAACGUCUAAAACAGGAGGAAGCUGGUCUGGUGUCAGACGUGGGCAAGUUGCUGGGAGGCGCCGGUUCCCGGGAGGCGUAUUUGCGGGGCAUACGGGAGGCAACCUCACCUCGGCGGCGCCACGGUGGUGGUGGGUUUUACGGACACGAUCGAGCCGAGCAGCAGGAGCAGGAACGGCAGGAGGAGGAUGCCAGCCACGACACCGCCGACGGUCAGCGCCAUAGGGACGGCAAGGACAAGGACGCUGUGUGUGCCGACGGCGACGGCUGCGAUCCCACCUUUGGCCAGCCGCUCGUACGGUUGCAGUACCUGGAUUGCCAUUUCCAGCUGGCGUCCAAGGUUAUCAGGGGCUGGGACGCGCGAGCCAAUUGCACCUAUACGGAUGUCGCCGAACCCACCAUCCAAACCCUUCCGGACGCUGAUGACAUCAUCACUGCCAGUACCGCUACCAACCCCUGCGGCCCGGAAGCUUCCGCGCACUCUCCAGGUUGGGGGCCCAACACGGCACCAGGGGGCGAGUCGCUGAGGGCAGCGAGGCCCGUUCGUCCGCAGCUAGAGCAGCUGUAUGGCCCGGACCUCGGCACGGUGAUUGCGGGGCAGGUGGCGGGAGAGCUUCCGGAGGCAGCGCUGCGGCGGGCGGCCGGGCUGGGCGGAGGUGGCAGCAGCGGCGCGGUGGCCACUGGGGACCAGGCGGCGGCGCCGCCGUUCGUGCUGCGCCGCGCAGGCACAGCGCUUGCAGGUAAAGGUCCUCUGGGUGCUGAUGUGUUGGUGGUGGCUCUUGAUGCCCUCCGUCGUGGCCACGAGGCCGUCCGGGACGACCUGGUUUCGGAGCGGCUGGCGGUGCUGACGUCAUUGGAGCCGCUGAGGGGACUUAGUGACGAACACCAGGCGCAACUGGCGCUGGGGGGAAAGGUGAUGGCGUUGGACGCAAACCAACUCAUUGUACGGCAGGGCCAGCCAGUCGAUGCAUUGUACAUCAUAAUGGAGGGCGAAGUACGGCUAUUGGACGAGCCAAUGGAAGGACUGGCAGCAGUCUCAUCGUCAUCAGCAGCAGUAACCGCGGCGGCGGUGGGGGCGGUGCUCGGCACAGGAAUGGCCGCAAACGGUGGCGCAUCCGGCACAGCGAGCUUCAUUGCCAGCCGUAGCACCUCCCUGAACAGCGGUCUGUUCGGCCGCAAAGCCGCUGCCCCGGCGGGGAGCGAAACCGCCGCCGCGGUGGCCUCAGUGACGCCGCCGUCGCCUGGCGGCGGCACAGGCGGCCACGACCACCUCCGGAUUCGCCGUACACUGGCGUCGCUUGCCGCGCUCACCCUGCUGGGCCCCGGUGGCUCUAUUGGGGAGAACGUGUUGGGCUACCCGGAGGAUUACGUAGCGGCGGCGGCGGCGGCGGCAGCGACAGCAUCGGUGGCUGUGACAGAUGAGGCUCCCAACCGCAAUGAGGCGGUUGGCGACGCCACGAGAGCGGGCGAUAUCGGCCGCCGCACCAGCAGCAGCAACGGCGAUAGCAGCAACAACAGCGACGACGAGGCUGGCGGUGACGCCAACAUCAGCAUGGUUGGCAGCGUCAGCGGCUCCCCCGGCUUCGCUCUGGGUGCUAGCGCAUACGUCCACAGCCGUACAGUGUAUGACUUGGCCAUUGGUAAACGUCGUACAAGCGGAGACGAGCGGGGACCUGGGAGCUGGGCCGCAAGUAACCAGUUCCUGGCCAGUGCUGUGACGUCCCGCCCCAGUCGAUUGCUGGUACUGCCCAGGUCCCUCCUGCUCAAGUACGGCUAUCUUCGGUCCUCCCUGCCGCCAUUCGCCCAGCUGCGGAGGGAGGCAAUCAACGGACGGAGGAAGCAGCUCAGGGCGGGAGUGCAGAACCUGCCGGGGGUGGCACUGGGGCUGAUGCAGCAGCUGCCGGGACCCGCCCAGAGGUCACCGCCGCCGCCAGGGCUGCCCACCGGCGGAGGCAGCGGCCGCGGCGGCCGUCUGCUCGUACGAUCGCCUAGCAUGCCGCCGCCCCGCACGGCGCUGGCGGCUGCACCGGUGCCAGCGGUGGCAGCGGGUCUUCUGCCUGUUGAGGUCCUAGAGCAAAUGGUGCCAUGGGGUUACGGGGAUCUGAACAGCUCCCGUACGGCAGCGGUCCUUGGUGGCCUGGACUUGGUGCCCUGGACUGGCGCCGCCGCCGCCGCCGCCGCCGCCGCGGAGCCCGCAACCCCUGAUUGCGUGAGUGCAAUGGCUACCGGGAGGUUAGGAGGGGCUGCCGUGGGCGGUGGCGGCGGCGGCGGCGGCGGGGAGAGUGGCACUGGCGGAGCUUCCGCCCCGACCCUCGCCCUGGCUGAGCGACUGAAGCGGCUGGGACCUAGGAGCGGGCAGACCAGUGGGCGAUGGCAGUUUUCCAACGAGGCCGAUGAGAGCGCUCCGGCGGAGGCCAACCCGCGCCAGCACUCGGCGGCACCGGCGGAGGCGGCGCGUACGACGCCACCACCGCCGUUGGAUCACGUGGUGCCGGACGCUCCAGGUUGCGCCGCUGACGGCGCCGCCAGCGGGCAAGAUGCACCCGCGCUGAUGGCGGCCACUGCGGGUGGCGGCGGCGGUAGCAGCAGCCUUAGCGGCGGUGAUGCUCUGCGCGCACCACCGAAGCCCUGCGUGAUGAGGACGCCGCUGACUGGCACACUAAUGCAGUACGGUGGUACGGCAGUACGGCAGCAGGGUGACGUGCGAGUCGGCACAUCGGGUACGGCGCUCGUUCCGACUCCCAGCACCGGAGCCGCCACCGCCGGCAUCGCCGCGGCCGCCACCGGAGCCGCUGCCACCGGCGGCGGCGGGAAUGUGUCUGGUAGCUCCGGCGGUAACGGCGGCGCCGACCCCUUACAGACCCGCCUGCUCGGUGUCAAGAGCCCCAAUGUGCUCCGUACAGAUGAAGCGGCGGAGGCAGGGGUUGAUGCUGUGGCGGCGGCGGGUGCGGAGCCGCAGCGUUCCUCAGACGCCGCCUUAUCCCAGAUGUCAACGUUGCCGCCUCAACAGUCAGGCCCCGCUGCCGCCGGUGACCAGUCACACACGCCGACGUCUUCCUCCCCCUCCUCUCUUGCCGCUUGGCUGCUGGCCGCCGGUGGCGGUGACGUCAGCGGCAAUACUCUGGACAGUCCGCAGGCCUUUCUUGCGUCCCUUGCAGCUACCGGUGGUGGCGGCGGGGGGGGACCCACCAGUGCCGCAACUAUCUCCGCGCCGCUGCGCGGCGUUCUUCUGCCGAGGGGUAGUGGAUCGAGCUUUCGCAUGCGAACAAGCUUAACAGGCGUCAGCAAUAACAACAGCGGCGGCGGUGGUGGUGGCAGCAGCAAUAGCAGCAGCUUCAAUGCGCACAGCAGUCACCAGGUCGAAACCCAGUGGGAUCGUAUGCGUGAGAGCGCGCCGGGGGCCCCGCUACUGCCGACGCCGCACCAGCAACAACCCCAAUAUCCGCACCAAUCCACCGCACAAACCCCCAGCCAGCCUUCAGUCGUCAAUUCCCACAACACGGCACUCUCUGGCGGCGGCUGGCCGAGUAGUCAAGGUGCCUCUUUCCGCAGCCGGCUUGGCGGUUACGGCGGCAGCCGCGCCAGGACCACCUCCCAGCUCGAGAUUGCGAUUGGCAAUACGUCAAUCGACGCCUUCGCCGCGCCUACACAGACGGCGGCGCCGGCGGCAGCGGCUUCGCCACCGCUGCCAAGGGCCGUCGCCUUCGGCGGCGGACGCUCGAUUAGCUCCCGUCACGCAUGGAGGGAAUUUCCGGAGAUGCUGCGGUGCAGAAGCAAUUUGGAUACGGCGGCGGCGCGCAGCGCUAGCGGGGGCGGCGCCGGCGGGGUCGCAGACGCUGCACGCGGAGGUAGUACGGCCGCUGUCACUGUGCUGGCGCUCGCGGCGCUAGCGGCGACCAAGCCUCUGGAGUCUCACCACCUACAGAUCCCUUGA